CUAAAGAGAGGGUUUUUGCGACGCCAUUUAUCAGAUCAGCUCCGCCAUGAAAAGUCUCUCCCUUUCUCUACUCCGUCGCCUCCAGUUCCACAAAUUCAAUCCUAUCCAACCUCUCACCCGCCUAAACCCCAUCCCCCAUGCUUCUCCUUCUCUCCUCUCCUCAACACUCAAAAUCUCAACUUUCUCCAAACCCUAUCCUUCGACCCUCAACACAAACCACUUCUUUACCAACCCUAACCCUCGAAACCUAACAACCCACGUCGAGUCACCUCCCUCAGACCAAGAAAAACUCGAUCUUGAAGAAGCCUUCGAGUCAGCAACCACCACCGACGAAAUGAUCCGUUUAUACAAACAGAUGGAGUUAUCCUUCCAAGGCAACGAGCUAGGCCUUUCCGCUUUAAAGCUAGGUCUCCAUCUCGAUCGAGAAGGCGACGAUCCCCAAAAGGUUCUCUCUUUCGCUGAGAAAGCUCUCAGAUCGUUUGAUGAGUUAGCGAAAGAAAAACCUUCUCUUCUUGUAGCUAUGGCCUUGCAGCUUAUGGGCUCUGCUAACUACGGUUUAAAACGGUUUAGUGAUAGUUUGGGGUGUUUAAAUAGAGCGAACCGGGUUUUGGUUAAGUUGGAGGAGGAGGAGGGGGAGGGUUGUGUUGUGGAGGAUGUUAGGCCUGUUAUGCACGCGGUUCAGCUUGAGCUUGCUAAUGUUAAGAACGCUAUGGGGAGGAGAGAGGAGGCUAUUGAGAAUUUGAAGAGGAGUUUGGAGAUUAAGGAGAUGAGUUUUGAGGAAGGGAGUAAGGAGAUGGGUGUGGGGUUUAGGAGUUUGGCUGAUGCUUAUGUGGCGGUUUUGAAUUUUAGUGAGGCGUUGCCUUAUGCUUUGAAGGCGUUGGAGAUACAUAAGAAGGAGUUUGGGAGUAACUCUGCUGAGGUGGCGCAGGAUAGGAGGCUUCUUGGUGUGGUUUACAGUGGUUUGGAGGAGCAUGAGAAGGCGUUGGAGGAGAAUAGGUUGUCGAGGAAGGUGUUGAAGAAUUGGGGGAUGAAGGUGGAGUUGGUUAGAGCUGAGGUUGAUGCUGCUAAUAUGAAGGUUGCUUUGGGGAAGUAUGAUGAAGCUAUUGAGGUUUUGAAAGGGGUUGUGGAGCAGACGGAUAAGGAUAGUGAGAUGAGAGGUAUGGUGUUUAUUUCGAUGUCCAAGGCUUUGGUGAAUCAGCAAAAGUUUGCUGAUGCGAAGAAGUGUUUGGAGCUUGCUUGUGAGAUUCUGGAGAAGAAGGAAGGCUCUUCACCUGUUGAAGUUGCUGAAGCUUACUCUGAGGUGGCAAUGCAGUAUGAGUCGAUGAAUGAGUUUGAGAUUGCGAUUUCGUUGUUGCAGAAAACUUUGGGGAUACUUGAGAGGCUGCCUCAAGAGCAGCAUUCAGAAGGAAGUGUUGCGGCUAGGAUUGGUUGGUUGCUUUUGUUUUCCGGGAGAGUCUCUCAAGCGGUUCCUUAUUUGGAAAGUGCGGCAGAGAGGUUGAAAGAGAGCUUUGGUGCUAAACAUUUUGGAGUUGGAUAUGUUUAUAACAAUCUUGGUGCUGCUUAUUUGGAAUUGGGGAGACCUCAAUCUGCUGCUCAGAUGUUUGCAGUUGCUAAAGACAUUAUGGAUGUUUCUCUUGGUCCUAACCAUGUUGAUUCGAUUGAUGCUUGUCAGAAUCUUUCUAAGGCUUAUGCCGGAAUGGGAAACUAUAGCCUUGCAGUGGAGUUUCAACAGCAAGUGAUCAAAGCUUGGGACAAUCAUGGAGAUAGUGCGAAAGAUGAGAUGAAAGAAGCGAAAAGGGUAUUUGAGGAGUUGCGGUUGAAGGCUCUUGGUGGUGUUUCAACAGAUAAGGUUCUUACAAAGGCUUUACCUUUGCCCAAGAAGUGAGCUUUUGUGAGUUAUGUUUAAAGCCGUGUUUUCCGAGAGUCUUACAUUAGUAACGCAACAAGAAUCUGUUGUAGUUCUUUUAUCUUUAUGCGAACAUAGUUGUGGUUCUUCUUACCCAUGAUCAAUGAUGAUACACGAUUCAUGCUUUUGAAGACAGCAGCAGCUUACAAAGCAAUAAUAAAUAAAUAAUAAUAACAUCUCCAAGCUUGUCGGAUAGAG